UCAUUUUCAAGAUAUCUUAUAACCGGAAGCAGGUCUGGUGUUGUUGUGAGUACCUAACAUUUGGUUGUGGUGUGGCGAGAAACAACCGUUAGAAAUAUCAAAAAAAGGAAAGAUGCUCAAUCCAGGACAAUUAGUUUUUAGUUUUCUGGCUUUGUACAGUCUCAAAGUCUGUUUCUGUCUGGAUAAUGGCCUUGCAUUGACUCCUCCAAUGGGAUGGCUUGCAUGGGAGAGAUUCAGAUGUAAUAUUGAUUGCAAAAAGUCUCCAGAUGACUGUAUCAGUGAGAAAUUGUUCAAGGACAUGGCAGACAGAAUGGCUGCUGAUGGCUACAAAGAUGCUGGGUAUACAUAUAUAAAUAUAGAUGAUUGCUGGCCAGAGAAAUCAAGAGAUGCAAAACGAAACUUGGUUGCUGACAGAGAAAGAUUUCCCAGUGGUAUUAAGUCUCUUGCAGACUAUAUUCACUCAAAAGGCCUGAAAAUUGGCAUAUACACAGAUUUUGGUACCAAGACAUGUGGUGGAUAUCCUGGCAGCAUUUUUGACAUGCAAAGAGACGCUGAGGCAUUUGCUUCUUGGGGAAUCGACAUGCUCAAAGUAGAUGGCUGUUAUGCUUCACUGGACCAAAUGGCUGAAGGGUACGCUGCUUUUGGGUUUUAUCUCAACAACACAAAUCGACCAAUUCUUUACUCCUGUAGCUGGCCUGCGUAUACCUCCGGUCACAUCAAGACUGACUAUGAGCUCAUUGCGAAAUACUGCAACAUUUGGAGGAACUAUGAUGACAUACAGGACUCCUGGAAAAGCGUUUUCAAUAUAAUGAAUCAUUAUGGCAAAAUCCAAGACACUCUUAUUCCAGCUGCCGGGCCGGGACAUUUCAAUGAUCCGGAUAUGCUUAUCAUUGGGGAUAUUUCACUAACACAAGACCAAUCAAAAGCCCAGUUCGCUAUCUGGGCAAUUCUAGCGGCUCCGCUUUUGAUGUCAAACGACCUAAGGAAAAUGAAACCAUGGCAGACAGAGAUUCUUUUAAACAAAGAAAUAAUUGCAGUGAAUCAGGACAAACUUGGGAAAAUGGGGAGAAGGGUGGCUAUGACCAAUGCUACCCAGAUCUGGGCGCGCCCUCUGUCAGGGGGAGCCGUGGCAGUUGUUUUGUUUAACACUGGAGCUGAGCCCCUGUCAAUGUCAUUCUCCUUUAAAACGGUUGGAUUUGAAUACGAGAAGGCGUCGAUCAGAGAUCUGUACCUGCAUAAAGACCUUGGAAUUUUAAGUAGUGGCUACGAAGCCGAGGUCAAUCCUACAGGUGUCGUUAUGGUUAAGCUGAGUCCGGCUAGAGGAAAGUUUAUUCAUGUUUGAGCGAGAAAUUGAGUCUACGAACAGUUGCUGUUGACGUGAGAUUUAAUGGUGAACCAAUCAAUACUAUACGCCACGCCAGUGAGCCAAGCGUUGUACCACUCACGCUCUCUGCUCAUUUUUAUCACCAAUUCAAUCAAAUUGCAAUUACAAGUUAAGUGUGCUGACUGAGAUUUUUUAUUUCUUAAAAUAAACUGAAUAUUGUGGCAAUUUUGAUUUUCAAGAAACAGAUGGUUGAAAUGUUGAAUUAUAUUGAUGCUAGCGAAAAAGCGGAAUGGUGCCACAAUGCACCUUGAGUAUGUUGCUGCGCACUAUUAUGUGGUUCCGCUUUUUAUGCAGUUCUAUAUUCAAAAACUAGCUACCAAUGAAUCUUUUAAAAUCAAGAGCAUACUGCAAUUUUGCUGUGUAAGAAAAAAUAACAAAAUCAUAUAAAAUAUGUUAAAUUUGCAAUUUUUGAAAGGUUUAUUAUCUGUUAGAUUUGUUU